GAAUGAUUGGAUUUGGAUAAGGAACGGUCGUAAACCCUCUUUGCUUCGUCCAGGGUUUUUCACACCUUGGCUAAAGCUUAGCUCUAGCCUGAUUGAAGCCGAGCUCAGGAUCUCCUUCGAAGAUUAUUCAUACAGUGGCGAGAACUUGGGAUGCCCUUCAGUUGUUUGUGAAAAUGUCUGCUUGAAUCGGACGGUGAAUCUCUCUCGCUUUUUUCCAAUCUGAGGUGAGCUUCAUAAGGAGAGAUAUUCACACAUACAAAUGGCGAGCAUCACCAUGACUCCAACUUUCAGCUCUUCCUUUCAGAGAGCAAGCACUGGAGACAGCAAGAAACGUAGUCAUGCCCUCAAGAGAUGUUGCGGCGUAAGGGCAAUGCGGAUAGAGAAACCUCUGGAGGAACUGUACAAUGUGAGGGUGGAGAGGAAAGUGUCAAAGGAACGGCUCGAGGAGCUCGGGGUUUCGAGAUGGUCGGUGUGGAAAACAGGCAAGUGCCGCUUGCCUUGGGACUGGCAAGUGGAUCAGCUGGUGUACGUCGAGGAAGGGGAAGUCAGGGUCGUGCCUGAGGGAAGCGAACGUUACAUGCAAUUCUUGGCCGGUGACCUCGUGCUUUAUCCAAAGUGGUUUGAGGCUGACCUUUACUUCAAUGGACCAUACCAAGAGCGGUAUAGUUUCCGAGCAUACGGUGAUGAUUAGCGCUUUCUCAUGGCUUCUACUGACAAACUAGUCCUCUAUCCGGCACGACUUCUUUCAAUUUACUCUGUUCUUGGUAGGUUGCAACUCGGAAGUCCUAUGUCAUGAUGGAUGGGUUUUAGAUGGUGCUUAGGUUUUGAGCGAAUAAGGUCCAUAUACGUUUGCUAAUAGUUCGCUUAUUGUGUACACCCAUUUCAUUCUAGUUCAAGGUGCUGGUUCUUAUAGUGAUAUGAGCUCUGGAAAUUUUUAAACCACAUCAGAAAGGGGGAUGCGUAUUUAUGUGAUAA